ACACCUCGAUUUCUCAGUCCGCUCUCUCUACCCUUCCUUUCCUCCUUCCAUUUUCCGGGAAAAUCGUUUUUCUUUUUUCCCGAGAAAAUUAUAAAACCACGUCUUUUCCAUUUUCUCACUAAUCAAACAUGUUUUCGGUUCGCUCAAUCCUCGCUCUCCAGCUAAGACGCUCAAUCCUCCUACUGCAUUCUUCUUCUUCUUCGUAUUCUACUUCUUCCGCUGCUGCGGUGCAAGCCGAGCGAGCGAUAAGCGAAGGUCCGAGAAACGAUUGGACACGAGACGAGAUCAAAUCCGUCUACGACUCUCCGGUUCUCGAUCUCCUUUUCCACGGAGCUCAAGUUCAUAGACAUGCACAUAACUUUAGGGAAGUGCAGCAAUGUACUCUGCUCUCUAUCAAGACGGGUGGGUGUAGUGAGGAUUGUUCUUAUUGUCCUCAAUCCUCUAGAUAUGCCACAGGACUAAAAGCCCAAAAGCUUAUGACCAAGGAGGCUGUUCUGCAGGCUGCAACAAAGGCAAAAGAGGCUGGUAGCACACGUUUUUGCAUGGGUGCUGCGUGGAGAGACACUGUAGGAAGAAAAACCAAUUUCAAACAGAUCCUUGAAUAUGUAAAAGAAAUAAGGGAUAUGGGAAUGGAGGUGUGCUGCACCUUGGGCAUGCUAGAGAAGCAGCAAGCUGUAGAACUUAAGAAGGCAGGCCUGACAGCUUAUAAUCAUAAUCUUGAUACCUCAAGGGAGUAUUAUCCAAAUGUCAUCACCACAAGGACUUAUGAUGAGCGCCUAGAAACCCUUGAGUUUGUUCGUGAUGCAGGGAUUAAUGUCUGUUCAGGAGGAAUAAUAGGGCUUGGAGAAGCAGAAGAGGACCGAGUUGGUCUUCUACAUACAUUGGCAACGCUCCCUAGUCACCCUGAGAGUGUUCCCAUCAAUGCACUGCUUGCAGUGAAAGGCACACCUCUUCAAGAUCAGAAGCCAGUUGAAAUAUGGGAGAUGGUUCGAAUGAUUGCCACAGCACGCAUAGUCAUGCCCAAGGCAAUGGUCAGGCUGUCAGCUGGAAGAGUUCGGUUCUCCAUGCCUGAGCAAGCAUUGUGCUUUCUUGCUGGUGCAAAUUCGAUCUUCACUGGGGAGAAGCUCUUGACUACUCCUAACAAUGAUUUCGAUGCUGAUCAACUCAUGUUCAAGGUGCUAGGACUUACUCCAAAAGCCCCCAGUUUUGAUGAUGCUGCGGCAAAUGUUUAUGAAGCAGAGGCUUGUGAGAAAGCUGCUUCCAGUUCAGGAUAAAUCACAGAAAGUGCAUGUUGUACCCUAUCAUUGAAGUAGAAAAUGUUUUUUAUUUUUUAUUUUUUAUUUUUUUUAAAUUAUGUCGUCAUUGUGGACUUAGGUACGACAUACAUUUGGUCCCUUGGGGCCAUGUAGUUGCCUUUUGCAAAUGCAAAAUGUAGGUUCAGAGUAAUUUAAUGAUCACCUUUUAAUGACACGGGUUCAAUUUAGAUAUCA